AUGAGUAAGAUAACUUUCUACGAGGACAGCAACUUCCAGGGGCGCUCUUAUGAGUGCGAUGCAGACUGCGCUGACAUGCACCCCCAUUUCAGCCGCUGUAACUCCAUCAAGGUAGAUAGCGGCUGCUGGGUGCUGUAUGAGCGUCCCAACUACACAGGCUAUCAGUACGUGCUGACCAGAGGGGAGUACCCAGAGUACCAGCACUGGAUGGGAUACAAUGACAGCAUCCGCUCCUGCCGUACCUUCUCCUAUACUAGCGGAGGCCCAUACCGCAUGCGCAUCUAUGAACGCCCCAACUUCCAGGGCCAGACGAUGGAGUUCGCUGAGGACUGUGAGUCUGUCCAGGAACGCUUCCGCAGCCGUGACGUCUACUCCUGUAAUGUUCUGGAGGGCUACUGGACCCUCUACGAACACCCCAACUACCGCGGCCGCCAGUACUUCAUGAGGCCUGGAGAGUACAGGAAGUUUAGUGACUGGGGCGCCACAUGCGCCACCACUGGCUCCUUCCGUAGGAUCACCGAGUUUUAG